CAGGAUUCACAACCUGAGCACUGUUCCAUCGUAAGCACGGGGCUACCAACGAAGCCAACAUGAUGGUUUCACCACAACGUGAGCUUUACGCCGCCAUUGCUGGGCUUCACCUCAACAAGUUAUACUCGGACUUGACCAUCGCAUCUACGACCAAGGAAUAUGCAGUCCAUCGCGCCAUCAUAUGCACGCGCUCCGAAUUCUUCGCGGGCUGGUGUCGAAGUCGCUUUAAGGAAGUCGACGCAGGAAUACUGUCUCUACCAGAUGAUGAUCCCUCCGUUGUGGACGCGAUGAUUCGAUAUUUCUACCAUUUGGACUAUGAUGUGCCAGUCAAACGACCACAGGGCCAGGGUGACACAAGGCUACUCUUCAAUGCCAAAAUGUACACUCUGGCAGACAAGUAUUUGAUACACGGGCUUAAAGACCUGGCAGUGUCCAAGUUCAAGUCUGCGUCUUCCAAGCACGAAACCGUGGACAUACAAGACUUCCUGGACGCAACACAGGUGGCGUACAGCUAUACUAAUGAAAAUGAUCGAGUCUUGCGAGAGGCGGUACUCGAGACCUUCGUCAACCACAAGGUCCUGCUGGAUAAAGAAGAGACUCAAGACAUGCUGAAGGAAACAGAUAUGCUGGCGUAUGACGUGUUGUUAUAUUUCCGGCAGCGGCGGUCCAUUGGCUAG